ACGUCGUGAUAUACACAUCGUGCAUUUUAAGCAAUUGUCGACUCGAGACAUUUUUUCUCUUUCUCUUUCUGUCUCUCUCUUUCUUUUCUUCAUCAAUAUUUUUUUCUUUUUGAUAUGAUUUUUCGAUGCUUAAUAUGUUAAUGGAUUUUUUUCGAUUACUGUAUUAAUGACGACGUAAAUUUGCUUGAAGUUUAAAUAUUUCUUUGGUGCUUCGUACUGUUUGUUACAAUUCGUCACUUUUUAUCGUUGGAUUUAUUUAUCUUUGUUUAUUAAAUUUUCCAAAUUAGUAUAAACAGCCAUGAAGAUUAGUAGCAUGUGGACAUUCAAUUUCAAGAUAUAAAUACUUAACACCUUUCAAUUUAAAACGUGUUUAUAAACAAGCUACUUUACAAUAAAGAAAAUUAUUUGAUUUUUAUGAUUUUCAUAAAAUCAAAUAGAAGCUGCAGCCACAAUUGAAAAAUUAUUAUGUCUACGACAUGUUACCUUUUAGUUUGAAAAAAUUAAUACAGAAGUUCUUUAGUUUAAAAGGUGGCAACUCUACUUGAAAUUAAAAUCGUAAUCUAAAGAAGUCAUGGCAAAAAUACAAAUCACAACUUAGAUUUUCUUCAAAGUACUCAAAGGGAAACUAUGGCUAAUGAAGACAAAUUAGUUUCACGAUUAACAAUUGACCGAGCAGCUUUUCUGCUUCUUAGGGUGAAAAGAGCAUUUAAGAAACGGAAACAAGAAAAGAAAGAAGCAAGUGAAAUACUUGAAUCAGAAGGAAAUUCAUCAAUUUAUCGAAUUGUUAAUAAUCGCUAUGAUAAUAGACACUCUCGACCUGCUCCACUUUUACGCUCUAAAACAUUGCCUGCAAUAAUGGUUCCAAAUGUUGAUAUUUUUUCACUGCAAGUCAAUACUCAUCAGCUUGCUAAAAAUAAAGUUGAACCAGUAAACAUCAAGAGACAACAAGCCUCUUCUAUGUCAAAAUAUAAUGUUGAAAAUAUUUCAUCAGCUGUAAAUAACAAUAGAUUCCACAUACCAAGAGUCUUCUUUGCUGAUCAUAUGCUAGAACGGCGUAAAUCUACAAAAAUAAUUCACAAUGAGCAUAAUACUUGCCAACACAAUAGCAUUCAAACCAGUAGUAGUAAAUUCAAUGAUGUACAUGGUUCAGGCAUCGGUUCAGAACCAUUUAACAAAGCCAAUAACUUAUUAAAUCCACAAAUAAACUACAACAUCAUUCCAUUUGCGGAAAAUGAUCAUAGAUUGAGACAAAAUAACCCUAUUCCACGAAAAAUAUCUAUACAAAGGAGUACUUCUAUGGAUAAUAUAUUUUACUCGACGGACUUGAAAGUUUAUACAUCAAAUCAGACUGAUAAUUUUGUGAAAAAUAUUCAAGUAUUGAACUGUAAACGCGAAAAUAAAUUUGAUAUCAAUACUGAACCUAGUUCACCUGCCUUUGUAAAUAGCGAUUGUGCGAGUCAAAAUACGAUUUUCAACUCAAUUCCUCUAACCAGAGUGAAACGAUUACAAACAAUUGAUCAACAGAAUUUUAUUUACAAUGAAAUUGGUAGACGAAGCAAGAGGCUAAGAACUCCUGUUUUUUUGUUUACAGCAAUUGAACACGAAAACUUGGAGAAAGUUAAGUCAAUACUUGAAUCUGCUGACGUAGACAUUAAUAGUGUGAACAGCGAUGGUCUGUCACCUCUCGACUUAGCUGUGCUUGGGAAUAAUAAAUUAUUAAUUAAAAUGUUAAUCACAUAUGGUGCUCGAGAAGGAAACCAAUUCUCAUCUCCAGAAAAUUUGAGUGUUCACUUGACGUCUUUAAUGCGGACGGCUGAACAUAAGUUAUCUGAAGCGAGUGGAUCUGAAUCUUUUGUAACUAACAAGACUGCACUAUUAGAGGCCCCAGAUAUUAAAGCUAGUAUUUCUGCAACGCACAAUAAUCAUGCAGCGUGGAAUGAUGAAACGAAUAGCAAAGAAGUAGCUCUGUGGGAGCGUAGGGUACGAAACUUGAAGAAAAUGUUAGUUGGUUUCGAUCAAACACGUCCUCCAGAUAUUCCACGUUCAGUUAAUCUCGAGGUUACUGGAGUCAAUUCAGUGAAUAUAAGGUUUGAGGAAUCUGCAAAAGAACCUUCUUUUGUAUGUACAAAGUUCAAAGUGCAAUGGAGUACAAAAGAAAAUUUUUCAGUGAUCACGGGUGAAGUAGAAGUAUUUGACAUUAAACAACGAGAAUGUCGAAUCAAUGAACUUGCUCAAGGGCAAAAGUAUUUUUUUAGAAUAUGUUUGGGAAAUUUAAAGGGAUAUAGUAAAUUCGUGCCUUCAUUUCCGACUCAUGCGAUAACAAGUAGUUGGCGUGACGUCGACGAACGAUUACCAAGAUAUGCAGAUCAAUUAGGACAAUUGAAUUCACUAUUGAUAGAUAUGCAUCGUCCAGAAUAUACAAAAGAUAUAUCUGCUCUUCAACGGCGUAAUCACAAGAAAAAAACAAUAAAACAGCUAUUCACUGCUACAAGUAAAUUUCAGAAAAACCUAAAACGAGGUGUUUACUUUACUUGUAUUUUAUACCAUGAAGAUAAAGUAUUAGUAACCAAUGAAGACUUUUUACCGGUUAUUCAAAUUGAUGAAGUUUAUCCUAAUUGUAUUUAUAAUGAUUUUCAUUGGUUCAUGAAGGUUUCAUAUAUUUGGCAUAAUUUAAAAACUUUUAAGCAAGAUAUGGAAAAGAAUUAUGAAAGCUCAAUUAAUCAUUUUAGACUCAAAUACCUUCAAACAGCGGUUCAAAUGCAGGCCGCGUUAUGUAUUCAAGAUUUAGGUGAGAUUUAUUACAAACCGAUUAAAGAUAAUCAAGGAACGUUAGUAAUUUCAGCAAUAAAUCAUAUUACAUCUCCAAAAUCAGUAUCUCUUCUUAAUAGCAGAUGGCUACCAGUCAAUAAAAUUAUGAAAAAAAUAAUAAUACACGAUGAAAGCAAUGUUUCAGAUAUUUUAAUAUCGAGUAUUCAAAAUCAAAUUGCCUAUCAUCAAUUAAGCAGUAUUAAACUAAGUAAAGGACUUUAUUUGGGGUAUCUGAAAAUGCAAAGUAGUGUUGAUCUCAUUCAAAUAGUGGUACCUGCUAAAACACCAAAUGUUCUACCUCACUGUAAAAUCCGUGAUAAUCCUCAUGUAUCUGCUGAAGAAUGGUCUCAUUUUAAAAAAAUAAUACAUACUACAGCAUCAGACAGUACAGAAAAAGUUUGUAUUAAAGAGGGUAAAAAAAAAUCAUCUGACGAAAAUGUAAUAGUUAAUCAUGGAAAGCUAUUUGUAGAAACAGUGGCAGUUGCAGUUAAUCAACUUUUUUCCUACAUGGGCAUUAGCUCUGAAGAUUCUCAAACUCACAGAUUAUAUGAUGUUGAAAUUAUCGAACUUACUGACGAAGUAUCAUUUCUUAUUGUCGUUCCACCUGUCGAAAACGUAUGUUUAGUACCAGGUACUCGAGAAAUCCUAUUUCAGCGAGGAGAUUUAUUAACUCUUCCUAUACAAAUUUUCGAAAUGGUGCAAUUAAAUGCUUAUCAAAAAGAUAUCAUUAAUCGUUAUUCAAAGCUUAGUUGCAUUCUUGAAUUAGAAAUAGUUCAAGCUCAACAUAAACAUAGAGAAGCUUUCAGCUCGAUUGAAGUUACUGCAACGAAAGAUAAAUUAAUCAAGUUACAGGAAUUACAAUCCCAAAUGAAUAACAUUUGGAAAGGCGCUCGAUGGUUAAUUGAUGUGAUAACAUUUGCUCGAGAUAAAGGAUUUUCGCAAUCUGCUUCCCGUAGUAAUAAUAUCAUCGGUCUGAAAUAUUUAUUAAACAUUGAUCAAGGCAACGAUUCUAAUGGUCAAUAUGUGAAGCGGGUUUUGCCACAAACUCCUGUAAAAGAUAAAAAAUUGGUAAAAUCGAAUCUUAGCAGAGGAAGUUGGCCUGGACUAAAUACAUCAGAUUCGAAUAAUCUUUUCGCAACUGAAUUUAGUAAGAGUGAACAGCAUCUAUCGAAACAAGAUAUGCUAAAUGAUAAUUGCGGAACUUAUAUAAGCAAUAAUUCUCGUGAUAUUGAUGAUUGUCAAAAUAAAAAUAUAGAUUCUUCAAAAUUAUUUGCUUCAGCAAAAUCAGUUAAAUCCAGUAGUUCAACUUUUUUGAAUGGACCGAUAAUAACGAUACCAACUUCAAAGUCGGACGACAUACUUCUACUUAGUCAAUACAAACAAAGUCGUAGUGGCCUCGAAAAUAACUUUACGUCCGUAAAAUCUACUUCAGCGAGUACGAGUCCUCAACUAGGUGAAAAAUCAACUAUCUUAACAAAUACUACCAGUUCACUAAGCGUUAAAAGUACCAACUCUGACAGUAUUACUUCACUCAACAAUGACAAUUAUUACACAAUGCCACGCUUUAGCAGAGGUCAUAUAUCUAGUGUUCAUACUAAAAAUGAGAUAUCCAAAUCUACAGCAAGUGUAGCAGCUAUGGCAAGCAUCUCGAUGGACACGCAUUUAGAUGAACUUAAAGAUCAAUCUACGGUUUUACCAGUCCCUCCACAUGGUAUUCUUCAGGUGUAUGUUGCUUAUGAAACUGGACUAGCUUCUGGAACGAGUUUGAAGUUGCAUGUUACACCUAGAACAACGGCAAGAGAAGUUGUUGAUUUGGUUGUUAAACAGCUGAAUAUGGCAGUAGUACUGAAAGGUCAAGACGGACCGAUUUAUACUGCUGAUGAAUUACCAAAUUUUUGUUUAGUAGCAGUCAUUGGCGCAAGAGAAAGAUGUUUAAGAGAUGACUUUAAGCCACUUCAACUUCAAAAUCCAUGGAAAAAAGGUCGUCUUUAUGUUAGACAAAAACAAGAUGUGUUAGCUGCUCUUGAGCACAGCAGUAAACAUAUGGCAUAUUUGUAACAUUAAUAAAACUAUUGUAUGAUAUUUUUUAAUACAUAAUAUUAUCAUUAAUAUAUCACCAAAGCUUAUUUGUUGAUUUCAUUACCACGCGUAUUAAUAAGAUUAUACUCUCGUGGAAAUAACAGAACUUUCAGUCAGAUUAGAGACGUAUAAACUUAUAAAAUGAAAUUCCAACAAACAACGAAUUAAAGUUGAGUGUAAUUUUAAACAAAGUUUUGUUUGAAAUAGAAAACAAAAAAAUCAUCAAACGUAAAUCAAGGUGUUCUUGAUUAUGAAACUUAUUUUUAUAUUAAAAAAAGUAUGCGCUUGAUUUUCAUUGAAAUUUAGAUCUCGUAAAUAUUCAUAAUGUAAAUUUUUAUCAUAAAUUACAUUUAUUUUUGAACGGCGAAAAAAAAAACCAAAAAAAAAAAAAAGUUUAUUCUAUUUAUCACAAAUGACUAAAGAAUAUUUAUUUAUGGUACAUAUCGAAGAAGGGAUUAAUUAUAGUAUGCGAUAUUUGCAGAAUAAGCCGUUAGGUUCUUCUAUAAUUCAAUAUAAUUCGAGGUGGAUUCUGUAACUACAUCAUACGAUAUUAAUCACUAUUUCGACUUCUGCAUACAAUUUUUUAUGCAAAACAAUGGUUUUAAAUGUUUAUUUUUAGAGCCCUGUUUAGAAAAUCUCAUAGGAUCCAACAGAUUCUCAUAAAUUCCCAUAGAGAUUUUACCUAAAUUCAUGUAUAAUGUAUAAGUCGCUACUAUACAGUCGACUCUGUCUAAAGGUUCCACGUCGGGACAGGACCAUUGUCUAAAGGUUCCCUCCCCACCAUCAGCACUUCCCCUACAAUAUAUUCUCCUCGAGCGCCGAGGCGCACGCUAAAAUGAACACAUUGCGCAGUAAACAUAACCUCAAAAAAACGUGCAUUUAAAGUUAGCGCUCGAAAACUGAAUUGUGAUUCGUCACUCGAGAAAGCGGGUGGGGGAAUAUCCGGGAAUCUUUAAGCAAUGUAUCCUGGAACCUAUAGACAGCGGGAACCUUUAGGCAGAGAACCUUUAGACAGAGUCGACUGUACUAACAUCUGAUUCUAUCUUAAUGGUAUGAAUGUAUAGAACGUAAUGUAGAAUUCAGUUAUUGCAUCCUGUAAAAUAAUAUCAAUGUAAACUUUAAAUUUUAGAAGUUUUUUAAAACAUGUAUUGUACAAAUUGAUUUCGGAUGUUUAUUGAAUUGAACUAGUGUACGUACGUUGAUUAAUUGUUGAUAUGUAUUAUGAAAAAAAAAAAUCAAAGUAGUGACAUUAGGUUUUCAAAAAAUCUGACAUCCAUCAUUAGUAGAUUAAACCGUUAGCUUUCAAAUUUUUAUAUUUAAACAGUGGAACCUAUUAUUGUCAAGACUUCUUUAGUGUCGAGUUGUUUUAAUUUAUACUUUUAAUUAGAUCCGGUGCUUAUAAAUUCAGUGAAUGUAUUUUUCAAGAAUAGUCGAUUCUAGAUACAAAUAUGUUUAUGUUGAUAAUACGUCUACGUUACAAAAACUAUUUUGUCUUGCCUUGAAAAAUAAAAAAAUAAAAUUAACAAAACUACUACGUAAAAGUAACCAUCAUUUGACUUAAAGUUAUUUUAUAAUUUUAAGAAAAUGAAAUUCAUAAAAUAAGUAAUAAUAAACUGAAUUUAUAGAAUGACAGUAACAAUUGAAUAAAGAAACAAUAGAUUAAAA